UUCCAAAUGUCAAGUUAGCACUGAUCUUUGGAGUAUUUUCUGGUUGCCUUGUCGCUUUAGUCAUUAUUUUGCUCAUUUGUUUCAUAUCAAAACAACAUCGAUCAAGAAACGCAAGUACUAGUGACAAAGUAAUGACUGAUGAAGAACUGCCAAAAUCCAACGAAAGUCUCGCGUACAAAACUGCGUCUAAUAACAAUGUUGUUUUCCUACCACCAAACAAAGCUGCGAACGGGAAAAGUGGCAGUUAUGUUGCGCUCGAAUGUUGCGAUAAGGAAGAGAACAGAUGCAAUGGAAAUCUCGAGUCAAUACUGUAA